AUGUCGAACGCGCAAGCAUCGGGCUCAGGCUCCAGCUCUACCUCUCGCAACAGGUACGAUGCGGACGUGACCACAUUCAUACCGGCCAGUGCACCACAUGAGGAGGAGGAGAAGAGGCGCGGCAUUUCGAACGAGCAGGCAGAGGCAGGUGCGAAGGGAGAAGAUGGUGCGCGCGCCUCGAUAGCUGGACGACGACAAGGAGGCAAAGACGAAGUGGAUGUGGCUGGAUCGUUUGCUGGACGAGCUGCUAGCAUUGUGGAUCACAGGUUGCAGACUUGGCUCACACCGCACGCAGCCCGAGGAUGGAAGAGGGCGUUUGGGAAUUUGCUGGGAAGCUGGGAUGGGCUGGAGGCCGUCAUGGUAAGUAGCGCAAGCUCAUCUUGCGCAGACCGAGUGCAACUGUUGAUUGGACCUCUCUCGCUGCGAUAGCACCUUGGCGAGGCAAGUCUUCUGCUUGUUUAUUCUCUCUUAUCGUCUCCAAAGAGGAAGCUCAGCGCUGUCUCGCCAUUGCUGCUCUUCAUGAUCUUUCGAUCCUCGACUCGUCGUCAGGCCCUUAAACGUUUGCUAGCCACGUCCGAAUUCCUUAGCGGCGCUCAAACACUUUUGACUCUAAGUCGUCUCACAUAUGUCGCCUUCCGAACCAUGGUGGACUUUACAAAGUUCCAAUUUCCUUUACUUCAUGGGCGAAGAAGGGAUAGAGCAGGUGUUCUCGUCAACAGUACGGAGAAGUGGACGGAUUUGAGAAAGGAUGAUCAAUUGGACCAUCCUGAUGAGGCUCACGCAACCGGUCGCAAUGCCCACUUGGCGAAUUUGUACUACAACCUGUAUCAGAGCUUUCAUCUGCUGGCACAACACUCGGCUGAGCUCAUGAUCAUCACCGGUGAGACUUUGGAGCUCGCUUCGUACUUGGGUCAUUUGCACAAAGGCUUGAUGGUGGGAGAGAAAAACAGCCUGAGGUAUCGGAUCGUGUCAGGCUUUGGACUCAGAAGCAGGACCAAGACAGAGAAGAUUGGACUGAUGUGAGUGCGGACGAUCGAUUCUGAUCAACGGUUCUUCCAAUACCUUCGUGCUGCAUGACUGACGUUGGGACUCCAUCCCUGGCCUGACAGCCUUGGAUUUUCUGGAAGAGUGUUGCUGCUGUUGGAGAUGCACUUCCGACUCCGUCACAUCAGGAAUUCGCUUCUGCGUCGUGCAAACGCUCGAUUGAUAGCAGCUACCGAUCUGCUCAAUAGCUUUGGGGACGCACGAGACUCUGCAAGGUUGCUAGGAGGUCGCAGGAUGGAAGUGCACGAGGCAAUGGCUGCUCGAGAGAGGGGUGCGGCACAUCGUCGACCAAUUGAAGCUCAGCAUAACGUGUAUGGCACUGAAGAUUGCGCCUCGAACAGCAGCGGAUCCUCAACGGCUCAACCCGAGGAUGCUGCGGACAGGCAGACCUUUCAUUCCACGGAUCUGGCAAUUUUGUCAAAGACGAAAUCUGCUGAACAGCUCCUUCGCAAAGAAGAGAUCAAUAUACGAGACUUUAAGCGGGAAAUUUUGGCUCUCAAGAUGGAAAAGUGGGCAUUGAGGGCCGAAGCGCUGUCGGGCUACCUACAAAUUUGGCUGCCUGACCGAGACAAUACCAGGACAGAAGCAGUGUGCGAACUCUUUGCUGCGUUGUUGGAGGCUAAUAAAGUCGCCAAGGAUCUCUAG